GUCGCAGGUAAGGGGGACAGGAAGGAAUCACAACAAGGAUGGCAGCUCAGACAGAGAGAGAGAUCCCGCUCAGCUUGCUCAAUACAAACUUCCUUCACACCAAUUCCACCAGCCAUACGUGGCCCUUCAGCGCUAUUGCUGAGCUUAUAGACAAUGCCUACGACCCAGAUGUUAGUGCCAAAAAGUUCUGGAUUGAUAAAGCAAAGAUUGGAGGGCAAGACUGCCUUACUUUCACGGAUAAUGGAGCAGGAAUGGAUUAUGUCAAAAUGCACAAAAUGCUUAGUUUUGGCUUCAGUGAAAAAAAGGCAAAAAAUGGCCAUGUUCCUAUCGGCGUCUAUGGCAAUGGAUUUAAGUCCGGCUCCAUGCGCUUGGGAAAAGACGCCAUUGUGUUUUCAAAGAAGGGAGAGUCUAUGUGUGUGGGCAUGCUGUCCCAGACGUACCUUCAAGAGAUUCAAGCGGAGAGCAUCUACGUACCAAUUGUGACUUUUAAACGCAACGGAGGAUCAAUCUGUCCUGAGCCAAAGCAUGCAGCAAGUCUCCAGGCCAUCCUGCAAAACUCUCUGUUUCAGAUGGAAGAAGAGCUGCACGCAGAACUUGAGGCCAUCAACACACAUGAUUCCAAAGGCUCCACGGGGACAAGAAUAAUCAUAUGGAACCUCCGCAAGACAUCGUCAGACUUUUCUGAGUUUGACUUUGAGUCGGACGGUUAUGACAUCAAGAUUCCAGAUGAUGUGUAUGAGAGUGAAAAUGAAAAAUACAAGCAAUCCUUGCGAGCAUACUGUAGUGUCCUCUACUUGAAACCCAGAAUGCAGAUUAUCAUUUUUGGACAGAAAGUAAAAACUCAACUGAUUGCUAAAAGCCUGGCAUGUGUUGUCACUGAAAAAUACACACCAACCUUUCUUAAUAAAAAAAGCAUUCCGAUCACAUUUGGCUAUAACCCCAAGAGCAAAGAACAUUAUGGAGUCAUGAUGUACCAUAAAAACAGGCUCAUCAAAGCCUAUGAGCGUGUGGGAUGCCAAAACAGGGCUAAUAAAAAGGGAGUGGGAGUUAUUGUGGUAAUCGAAUGCAGCUUCCUCAAGCCAACACAUAACAAGCAAGACUUUGACUUUACAGAUGAGUACAGAAAAACCAUGAAAGUGUUGGGUACGAAGCUAGACGACUAUUGCAAAGCAAUGCAAAACAAAAUAGAUCACAGCACAGUUCCCGCGGAGGAGAUCCCAGAGUGUCCUGACCAGAGCUGGGUUCAGUGUGAUGAUUGUCUGAAGUGGCGGAAACUCCCAGAUGGCAUCAAUCCCGAUAAGCUCCCUGAAAAAUGGUUCUGUCGAAUGAACCCGAACACAGAGUACAGGAAAUGUGAAACACCAGAGGAAGCUGAAGAUAAUGGAGAUGAAACAUCAACCUACAUGAAAUACAAAGAGCGAAAGAGAAACCAGAAAAAACAGCAGGAACAGAAAAAAUUGCAGAUGGAAGAACAGCAAAGACAGUCAGAGCUACCUAAAGAAGAGAAUGAAUUUCAAAGAAGACAAGAAAAUCUUUUGGAUGGCGCAGGCCCAUCCCCAUCCAGGUCAUCAACAGCUGCUGAGACAACCAGGAAUCUUGAUGAUUCCAGACCCCUCCCACAAUCUGCAUCUUGCCCCACAGACAACAUGUCUUCCUCCUCUAUUACAAGGAGAAAGAGAAGUCUUGAACAAACCGAGAGCCAAGCUCUAAAAAAAGCAAGAGCACUUAGAGAGUACUGUAGCAUCGCUCCAGACGGCCCAUCAACUUUCAAAGUUCUAUCAGAUGUCCCAACCUCACAGAUGGAGAUUUCUGAGAAUAAUGACAGCGUUGAUAAAGAGGACACGAAGUGCAACACUGAUGAUGAUGAUGUUAUUCUUGAUGAGACCAAAAGCACGCCAAGAGCCAAACCUUUAACCUUUAACCUUGCUAAGGUAAAGUUAGAAAGAAGUACAAAUAAUGAUGUGCAGGACAGUGAUCCUGUUUCCAUGGAAACACCUGCCACUGAGGCUUCCACAUGUGAAAUGACAGGCCCAUCGAUUUCAAAUGAUCAAGUCAGCAUGAUAACCCAGACAGAAUGUGGUAUGGUUGUAAAGGUGGAAGAGGACAAACAGAGAAAAGAAGAAGUGGUGAUUAAUAAAGAAGAGACAGAGAAUGAUGCUACAACGAUGGAACAGAGCAGCAGUGAGGUUGAAUACAAGAAGGAUAAAGAUACCAAAAUGAACAGGUCGAUCAAAGACUCCAUGGAGACUGACAGAUGUAGUGCAGAUAUAGAGAGUAAACCAAGUCUUUCAGAAGGAAGUGAUAGGGAAAAAGAUGGUCCAAGUCCAAUUCCUGAACAAACAUCUAUGAGAUCUUUACUGAACAUACACCAUGUCCCAACCCUGGAAGCCCAGGAACAGCAGGACAGUCUUCUGGAACUCAUGGAUGCCACAGCCCAGGAAAGAGAUGAGUUCAAGGGGCAAGCUCAGUCUCUCGCCUUGGAGCUGGAGAAGAAAGAAUUGACUGUUAACUUACUCUUAAAGGAACUCACGUUUAAAAAAAAGUUCAGUCAUCAAAGCAUGCAGACCGAUCCGGUAGAUGAGAAAGACUACAAGACUCUGUACUUACAGGCGACACAACACAUUGAACAGCUCACACAAACCAUAAAUGAGCUGAAGAAGAAGAAGCAAGAGGAGAAUCCCCAGAUUCUUUUGGACAGCUUAAACCAAGAGAAAGCUCAUUGCGAGCAGAUGCAGAAAGACUUGGACGAACUGAGAAAAAAACUGGAAGAGUGCAGGAACGAAACAGCUAGUUCUGCAAACCAUGUGAAUCCGAUCAAAGAGGAUGGAGAGACCAAUGAAAGACCAGUGGGGGAAGAGAAAAAGCAAAGUUAAGGGAGCUGAGGAGCAGUGUUGCUCAUCUUUUGGUCACAUUUGUUCCUGCGUUGGACCCUGAACAAGUCAACUAUGACUGUGAGGUUAUAGAUGAGAUUCUGGACCAGGU